AUGAAUACUACCGCCAAUGGACUCAAAGAACGACAUCUCGCAACGCACAAUUAUUCAAGGCAUUCCUCCGAGCUCCACCGGAUCUUGCUGGAAACGAUGGCGACACGAUGUCAUGAAGCUAGAGUAAGCGAACCUUCAAGCUUCAAGCCUCAAUGUGAAAGCGAAUCGGCGAUGCUAACGACUGCUGCCCUUCUCAGUUGA